AUGGAUCCUCAGGUUAAGUAUCUUCUUUCUCUUCGGGCUGUCCGCGAGCGUUCCAAGAUCGUAGGGGACGCCGCCGCAGCCGGCAACUUAAGCCACUUCGAGGUCCGCGAAGAUAAGCUGGAUGAAGUGGUCGACUUCGUAGCUUCCGUCAUUAAGCGGGACUAUGGCCCGGACAAGUUUGACACAAUCCCUCCUCACGGCCGCUGGCAGCAUUUCGAGGUCGGAAACGUGCCCCGCAUCGCCAACAUCAUGGAGGAGUGGAAAAGCGAGGGUUGCGACAAGACGGAGCAGACCCGCCGUCUGAUUGACCUCUUCUUCGUCUCCGUCCUCUUGGACGCCGGUGCCGGCGACCACUGGCGUUACACCGAGCCCGGAAGCGACCAAGUCUACGAGCGGAGCGAGGGCAUCGCGGUGGCCAGUCUGCACAUGUUCAAGUCCCUAGCGUUCACCGCUUCGGGAUCGAUUCCCAUUGUGGAUGGAAAGGGGUUGGAACGCCUGGAGACGAGUGCCCUCGCCAAGGGCUUUCAAGUAUCCGACAGUAACCCCAUGCUGGGAGUCGAUUCCCGCGCUGCGUUGCUUAGAAGCCUGGGCAAGUCAUUGCUCGCUCAUCCCGACGUUUUUGGAGCAGAAGGUCGCCCGGGGAACCUCGUCGAUUGUCUCACUAAAACGGCUGGCGGAUCCUCGAAACUGGACGUACUUUUCCUUUGGGACACUCUCCAGUCUCUUCUCAUUCCAUGCUGGCCCAAGGACCGGACAACCAUCAACGGCACGCCCAUCGGCGACGCCUGGCCUCUGAGCACCCUGAAAAAGGGGACCAGCAGCACCGACGCAGCAGACGGCAUCCAGCCCUUCCACAAGCUCACGCAGUGGCUCACUUACUCCCUGAUGGUCCCUUUCCAGAGGGUCCUGGGCCUCGAAUGGACCAACGCCGACUCUCUGACGGCGCUGCCGGAGUAUCGUAACGGCGGUCUGUUCGUCGACCUGGGCGUGCUGGUUCUGAAAAAGGAGACGCUCGACCGGGGUUUGAAGGCCUCCGGCGAGGAACUCCCCAUGUUUGACGCGGGAGACGAUGUCAUUGUCGAGUGGAGGGCCAUGACCUUGGUCCUGAUCGAUAAGCUGUAUAGCAAGAUCAAGCCUCGCAUGGGCGAUGGCGUCCAACUGAGUAUGGCGCAACUACUCGAGGCCGGUACGUGGAAGUCUGGUCGUGAGGUUGCCGCCAAGCGUCGGCCGAAGACGAAGUCGAGCCCGAUCAUUAUCAAGAGUGAUGGGACUGUAUUUUAG